UCAUCUGUGCAAGGUACAAGGGUCCUUGGAUGGACAAUUUGCUGGUGUCCUUGACCCAUAUGAUUGCACAUACUGGUUUGAUUUUGUAACAAUAUCUUGUGUCCACAAUUUCUUGUGAACUACCAUCUUCUGUGCUUUGAAACUGCUGGUGCUAUAAAUUGCUGUGACCUAGAGGGACUUACUAAUUAAAUAUGUUUAAUCAGCUUCAACCAGUUACUCAAUCUAGAUCUUUGUCUGUCUGCAGUGUCUGGUGCUUCUACUCUACAGGUGCCUGGCCAGGAAGUUCUAUAUAUAGGAGUGCUGUAGAAGUGUAGAAGCUUGAUUUUACAGUAGGCCGCUUUGACAAAUCAAAACCCCAGGCCUGUCCAGGUUGAGUGAUGGCAGACCCUGGUGUGUGGGACUGUGUGGUGGUUGGUGCAGGGGUCAUGGGGUCAGCCUGUAGUCUCCAGCUGGUACAGAAUGGAGUCAGAACACUACUGCUGGAGCAGUUUUGUCUCCCCCAUUCCCGCGGAAGUUCGUGGGGCCAGACGAGGGCGACACGUAAAUCGUACAGGCAGGAACACUAUGCCAGGAUGGCAGCAGAGUCCAACAAGCUGUGGAGGCAGGUGGAGACUGAAUCUGGUACCAAACUCACCGUGGAUGCCAGACAGCUUGCUUGGGGCAGACCAGACAACCCUAUACUACAGGACAUACAUACCAACCUGCACAAGGUCGGAGUUCAGUCUCAGGUUCUGACCAAUCAGGACCUCCGACACCAGUUCCCCAUGCUGCGUUUCCCUGGCAACUACGUGGGCGUGACGGAGGCGGGGGCCGGACUCAUCAAGGCAGACCAGGCUGUUAGGGCUCUUCAGGACCUGUUUAUACAGAAAGGUGGAUGUAUGAGAGAUGGUGAGGCAGUGACAGGGAUCAUACCAGGGCCGACAGUGUCAGUUACCACGUCUAAGAGGACCUUACAGACCAAACGUUUGGUGUUGACAUGCGGACCUUGGGCGGGCAAGCUGUUAUCAAAUCUUGGCCUGGACCUACCUCUCAAGACACUUCGUAUCAAUGUGUGUUACUGGAAAGAAAAGGACCCACCUUCCUAUUCCCUGCUGUCUGACUUCCCAGUGUUUAAGGAUGAGGAGGUAGAGGUGUAUGGGCUGCCAUGCUUCGAAUAUCCAGACAUGAUGAAGAUCUGUCGCCACACUGGACAUCCAGCUGACCCAGACAACAGGGAUGUUAACAUGCAGGCAGACUUGACCUUUGACCUGCAGUUCUUGAGGGACUUUGUUAGGAAACACUUCCCAGGGUUACACGACAAGCCUAGCAUCGUGGAGACCUGCAUGUAUACGAACACCCCAGAUGGAGAGUAUAUUCUAGACAGACAUCCAAAACACAGGAACAUUGUCAUUGGUGCUGGCUUCUCAGGGCAUGGAUUCAAGUUGGCACCCAUGGUGGGUAAGUUGCUGUGUGAGCUGGUGUUGGACAGGGCACCCAGUCUGGACAUGACUCCCUUCAGAGUGGACAGAUUCACCUCUAAAAAGACUGUCUCAAAGCUGUGAUACUUGUGUUAACAUUGCAUGCAAGUCUACAGUUUUUGAU